UGUGUGCCCUAAAAAACAGUCCCCAGUGGAAAAAACCCCCCACAACAGCCUGCCUUAGAGUUCGCCAAAAGUUCUGCGUAGGAUUUCUGCAACCGACUUUCGCCAACAACACCAAUCGCCCAGCAAUACCCGGUCGCCUAUCGCCCAUCAGCAAAAUGUCUUCCACCACCCCCACCACUGAGCAGGUCUUGGUCCCCGAGACCCUCCUCAAGAAGCGCAAGACUUCCGAGAAGACCAUUGAGGAGCGCAAGGCUGCCGCUGUUGAGCGCAAGAAGGUCAACAAGGAGAAGCGUCAGACUAUCUUCAAGCGUGCCGAGAAGUACGUCAAGGAGUACCGCGAUGCCGAGCGUGAGCAGAUCCGUCUGUCCCGCGACGCCAAGAAGGAGGGCUCCUACUACGUUCCUGCUGAGGCCAAGGUUGUCUUUGUUGUCCGUAUCAAGGGUAUCAACAAGAUCGCUCCCAAGCCCCGCAAGAUCCUCCAGUUGCUCCGUCUCCUCCAGAUCAACAACGGUGUCUUCGUCAAGCUCUCCAAGGCCACCACUGAGAUGCUCCGCAUUGUCGAGCCCUGGGUCGCCUACGGAGAGCCCAACCUCAAGUCCGUCCGCGAGCUGAUCUACAAGCGUGGUUACGGAAAGAUCGAGCGUCAGCGCAUCCCCCUGACCGACAACUCCCUCAUUGAGGCCAACCUUGGACAGUACGGUAUCAUCUCCAUUGAGGAUUUGAUCCACGAGAUCUUCACCGUCGGCCCCAACUUCAAGCAGGCCGCCAACUUCCUGUGGCCGUUCAAGCUGUCCUCCCCUACCGGAGGUUUCCGCACCCGCAAGUUCAAGCACUUCAUCGAGGGUGGUGACCUUGGUGACCGUGAGCAGUUUAUCAACAACCUCAUCCGCAAGAUGAACUAAGUUGGUAAUUUGGGAUUGUAAUUGGUGUUAGGUAGCCGAAGAAAAUUUCUGAUGGGCAUUUUCUGGGAACAAUAAAAGUUCGGCUUGGCGUUAUCCGGAGUUGGUAGCGAUUGUUUUUUACCAUUCAAACUGUGUUGCCAUCG